AUGAAUAAAUCAAGAUUUUCAAUGUUAUUCUUAGAACCAGGUGAAAUAUAUUUUGAAGACUAUUCUUGUUCAAUGUUGUGCGAUAAUGAUAGUGAUAAACAGAGCAAAGAUUCAUCAAUCCAGGGGCGGUUAAAGCUGUGCUCAAAAUCCCUAGUAUUUGAGCCAAGGGAUUGGUCAAGUCCUUUGAUCAAGUUACAUUUGAAAGAAUGCAAAAAUAUAACAGAAAUUGACAGCUGUGAUAAGAGAAAUGUGAUAAGACUGGAAAUGAUUCAGUAUUGUGAAAUGUUAGAAGAUAAUGUUUUAGCUCCAUACAAAUUUAUAUAUGAAAAUAAAGAUUUCUAUUUUUCACUUGAUUUUGUGUCUGUUGAUGAGUGUCUACGACAAAUGCUCCAGUUGCAUAGAGCAUCGACAUUACAUGCACCUGAGCAUAAUACUAUGAUAGCUACAAUAUUGCAUUCUAGAUAUAUGAGAAUGGUUUUUGAUCCUGUAAUGAUGGAUGACUAUACUGAAGAAAUACUGUGUGAAUACCAAGUGGAAAAGAUAUUACCUCUUGUGAGGCAUCAGGGUAGGUUGGCUGUAACACCGACCACACUUUAUUUUCAACCUUUUAGUAAUAUAGAAGGAAGUCCUAUUUUAAAAAUAAAAUUUGAGCAUGUAAAGAAGAUGUACAAGCGACGAUUUUUACUUAGGCAAGUUGGUCUUGAAAUCUAUUGUGAAAAUAGUUCUGUGUCUCACGUUUACUUAGCCUUUCAAAGCAAUGAGGAGCGAAAUAGACUGUAUAAUGUGCUGGAAACAUUACCAAAUGUGCAUUUAGAAAGGGCGCACAUAGAAGAAAUGACUCUUCAGUGGCAAAAUGGGAUAGUUUCUAAUUAUGAUUAUCUUAUCUAUCUCAAUUGUCUUGCAGACAGGAGCCAAAAUGAUCUCACUCAAUAUCCUGUAUUUCCCUGGGUUGUGGCUGACUACACGUCUGAAUCUUUGGAUUUGGAGGAUCCUGAAUCGUUUAGGGAUUUGUCUAAACCUAUGGGUGCCCUUAACCCUGAUAGACUUGAAAAAUUAUUAGAAAGAUACCAUGAGAUGUGCGACCCUAAAUUCAUGUACGGGUCUCAUUAUUCUGCUCCAGGAUUAGUGUUAUUUUACUUGGUCAGAAAGUACCCUCAGUAUAUGUUAUGUCUCCAAAAUGGAAGGUUUGACCAUCCAGACAGGAUGUUUAAUGCAGUGAAUGAUGUUUAUAAUAAUUGUUUAAAAAACAUGUCUGAUUUUAAGGAAUUGGUACCAGAAUUUUACGAUAUAUCAACCAAAGGAGAUUUCUUAGUAAACAUGUAUGAUAUAGAUUUUGGUGAACGUCACGACGGCACGAAGGUUGGAAGCGUGAAACUCCCGCCUUGGGCUGAUUCUCCAGAAGAUUUUGUCAACAAACUCAAGUUGGCAUUAGAAUCUGAGUAUGUAUCGAGACAUUUGCACUUAUGGAUUGAUCUAAUUUUUGGGUAUAAACAAAGGGGAGAAGAGGCCAUUAAAGCACACAAUGUCUUCCACCACGUCUGCUACGAGGGCUCUGUAGAUCUUGAGAGUAUCUACGACAUAAACGAUAGGCACGCCCUCGAAGUGCAGAUAAUGGAGUUCGGUCAAGUUCCGAAGCAGUUAUUCACUAAAGCGCACGUUCGGAAAAUAAUUCUCACCAUAUCAAAGCAGGUGAAUUCUAAUAAGGAGUACAGGAUGGAGUGCAUCGAUGACAUUAAGCUGCAUAAGGAGGCUGUGACGUGUGUCCUUCGAGAUGACGAGAGGAUAGUGUCUGUGGGGAAAGACGGUACGCUCAAGGUAUACGAUGUGGUGCUGAGGAAACAAAUACGCAGUAUCGUGUUGAGCAUGACACCACUUAGCUCGUGUGUGAUGGUCGACGAACAUAUUGUGGCGGUUGGCGCGUGGGACAAUGAAAUAUAUUUAUACGACGUUGAAUAUGGGCGGGUGAUAGAAAGUUUUCGUGCUCACGACGAUUCCGUUAGUUGUUUACAGUGGCUACAGAAAGAUCGUCUCCUCGUGUCCGGCGGGUGGGAUUGCGUGGUUCGAGUCUGGGCGAAAAUGGGGAAAGUUGGACAAGCGUUAAAAGGAUUAAAAGCCGAGUUUGACCACGACGGAAAAAUAACUGUUUUAGCUCAUAGAUAUCGUAACUUUGAGUUAGACAUUCUAGCAGGUACGACAGAUGGUGAGGUGUAUGUAUGGGAAUUUCGCUCGAAAUCCCUAAUGCACAAGGUCUCAGUACAUUCUACCGAUAUUUGUGGAGUUUGCUUUUUGUCCGCGGAUCGAGUCGUUACUGUCAGUGGAAACGGAGAUAUGAUAGUUACAGAUCUCACAGUGUUACAUUCAGUAUUUAAAAAACGCGUUAGUGACAGUAUAAGAUCGUUAUGCAGCGACACCGCGAACGUUUUAUGGCUCGGAGGCGAUAUGCGUCUGCUGCAGUGGAACAUGGCUACAGUGACCAGUCUCCACGACCACCCGGCUCAUGACGGUGAUAUCCAGAGUAUUUUCUUCGAUAUUAAAUCGCAAACACUGAUCACAGGGAGUUCCGAUAGAUCGGUCAAGAUUUGGAAGUUAACCAAAGUUUCUUGA